AUGCUGUGUGGAGCCUGCAGCCGGGUGGUGCUGAUGCUGAUGCUGAUGACCGUGUCCCCGUGCUCCGCAGCCGAUGAGCUGUUGUGCGCCUGCGAUGUGCCGCACUGCAGCACACCAACCUGCACGGGCAAGGUGUGCUUCGUCAGCAAGAGGAGGGAGGACGGGACCAUCACCCAGCACCGGGGCUGCUUCUCCCAGCACAUCCUGGAGAACUGCCACACACCCGUGACGGAGCAGUACGGGAUGAGGUGCUGCGACUCCAGCAUGUGCAACGCCGAGCUGGAGAUCUUCCUGCAAGGAGAAGACACGCUGGGAAAGGUGCCUUCCCUGCCCAGUCUCCUCCUGAUGAUCUUCGUCCCGCUGCUCGCCCUCCUCGUCCUCGUUGCUCUCACAGCACUCUUCUGCUGGAAGGUGGCUCAGCACCGCCACAACAAAAGCGACCUGGGGGACAUGGACCUCAUGCUGAAAGCGUCUAUGGUGGGAGACAGCACUUUAGAGGACCUGCUGAGCGAUGACUGCACCACGGGCAGUGGCUCCGGGCUGCCCUUCCUCGUCCAGCGCACUGUGGCCCGGCAGAUCACGCUGGUGGAGUGUGUGGGCAAAGGACGCUACGGGGAGGUGUGGCGAGGCGUGUGGCACGGGGAGAGCGUGGCCGUGAAGAUCUUCUCCUCCCGCGAUGAGCAGUCGUGGUUCCGUGAGACGGAGAUCUACAACACCGUCCUGCUGAGGCAUGACAACAUCCUGGGCUUCAUUGCCUCUGACAUGACGUCGAGGAACUCCAGCACCCAGCUCUGGCUCAUCACCCACUACCAUGAGAACGGCUCGCUCUACGACUACCUGCAGAGGACAGCCCUGGAUGCGGAGACCUGCCUGGGGUUGGCCUCCUCCAUCAUCUGUGGCCUUGUCCACCUCCAUGUGGAGAUCUUCGGCACCCAGGGCAAGCCUGCUAUUGCCCACCGUGACCUGAAGAGCAGGAACAUCUUGGUGAAGAGCAACCGGCAGUGCUGCAUUGCAGACCUGGGGCUGGCUGUGAUGCACUCCCAGGGCAGCGACUACCUGGACAUUGGCAACAAUCCCCGGGUGGGCACCAAGCGCUACAUGGCCCCAGAGGUGCUGAGCGAGCAGAUCCGCACCGACUGCUUCGAGUCCUACAAGAAGACGGACAUCUGGGCCUACGGGCUGGUGCUGUGGGAGAUCCCCCGCCGCACGGUGGUGAAUGGCAUCGUGGAGGAGUAUCGCCCGCCCUUCUUCGACGCCGUCCCCAGCGACCCCAGCUUUGAGGACAUGAAGAAGGUGGUGUGCAUCGACCAGCAGACCCCCGUGGUCCCCAACCGCCUCUUCUCCGACCCGGUUUUGUCGGCGCUGGCAAAGAUCAUGAAGGAA